AUGGUUAUGGACGGACAGACAGAACGAUUUCCGAAAAGUGGCGAUUAUCCGGAAAGUCGUGUGGACGAAGUUAAGUUCCCAAGCGUCAGUGCACUCCGUCAGUCCCCCCUACUGGAGCAGUGCCCGCUACGAGGACCGCCAAAAUGCCCACCAGCUUCCAAGAGAUACCGGACUCACGAUGGCACAUGCAACAAUGUAAACCGUCCCAGAUGGGGGUCAACCAUGACCCCAGUUCAACGUUUUCUCCCCCCUGUCUACUCUGAUGGUAUCCAAGCCCCGAGAAGGUCAGUGUUUGGAUCGUUCCUUCCAUCGGCAAGAGAAAUCAGUGCUUUGGUGCAUGAGGACCAAAACGUUGAGAACCCCGGGAUUACACAUUUGCUGAUGCAAUGGGGACAGUUCUUGGAUCACGAUAUGGUGUCGUCAUCACAAUCUCGCGGCUUCAACGGUUCUGUGCCAAGAUGCUGUAAAGACGGAGGCAGAGAUUUCAUACCGAAAGAAUUCUUGCACCCCGAGUGUAUGCCCAUAGCCGUCCCGCUAUCUGACCCAUUCUAUGGUCCCCGUGGCGUCAGGUGUCUGGACUUCAUCAGGUCAUCGCCAGCUCCACAGGAAGACUGUCGCAUAGGAUGGCGCGAGCAAAUCAACCAGGUGUCAGCGUAUAUCGAUGGAUCCCCAGUUUACGCAAGCUCAGCGAGGCAGUCUGACAAUUUGCGAUUAUUUAGAAAUGGUAUGCUUCAAUACGGUCGCGUUCAACAGCGUCGUCCAUUGCUACCGACCGAUAGGAAAGACGAGCUCUGCCGUGGAGGUGCUGUGUCCACAGAUUGCUUUAAGUCUGGAGACGGCAGAGUCAAUGAACAGCCGGGGUUGGUGGCCGCUCAUAUAGUGUGGUUACGGCAGCACAACAGAAUGGCAACAGAACUGUCCCACUUAAACCCACACUGGAGCGACGAAAAGAUUUAUCAAGAGACACGGAAGAUUGUUGGUGCCAUGAUACAACAUAUCACCUACCGGGAAUUCUUACCAAUUAUAUUAGGUUCGGAAGUAAUACGCCUAUUCGAGUUGGAACCACAAAAGAAAGGUUACUACCGCGGCUACAACCUUAAGAUUAACCCGAGCCCCGCAAGUUCGUUCGGAUCAGCGGCCUUUCGCUUCGGUCACUCUCUGGUGCAGUCGUCUAUGGUUCGCUUCGAUCGCUUCCACAGGCCCAUGGCUAAUAAUGUCUCCCUCCACGAAGAACAUUCGAACCCUGCCAACAUCUGGAGCAUGGGCGCCGUAGACCGCCUUCUUCUGGGCAUGAUGAACCAGCCGAUACAAAAACGAGACGAGUUUAUAACUGAGGAACUCACUAACCACCUAUUCCAAACAUCUCACUUCGACUUCGGCAUGGAUCUCGCAGCUAUUAAUAUCCAGAGGGGAAGGGACCACGGCGUUCCACCUUACACUGCAUGGCGAGACCCCUGUGGUUUAUCCACAAUCGAGAGCUUCGACCAUUUGUCCAGGAUUAUGCCGGCGAGGGUCGUAAGGAAAUUAAAGGCAUUGUACCGACACGUGGAUGACAUAGAUCUUUUUACGGGAGGCAUGGCUGAGAGACCGGUUAUUGGAGGCCUCGUAGGACCAACUUUCGCGUGUAUAAUCGCCCAACAGUUCUCUAACCUCCGCAAAGGGGAUAGAUUCUGGUACGAAAACGGGGGAAUCGAGUCCUCGUUCACGCCGGCACAGCUUCAACAAAUAAGGCGUAUAUCACUGGCCCAAGUGCUCUGUCGGACUUUAGACACGAUUGACAGUAUCCAGCCGUUCGUCUUCCUCUCCCCUGAAAAUCCUGACAAUAACAGAAUAUCCUGCCUCAACAGCCUCCUAAACAACUUUGACCUCUCACCUUGGGUGGAAAUUGACUCGCAGUCUAAUAAUAACAUUAGAAAAGCUAAUGACGAUGUAACUACUACUACUAGACCUAAAAAGACUAAACCGACCACUGCUAAACCUAUAAUAACUACAAAAAAGACAAAACUGACUACCGAUCACUCGGCUCUUAAGUCCGCUGAUCUGACAUUGGACCAAACGAUGACUGACAAUCAGAACGCGACUGACCAAAAGACUAACGACACUGACUCAAAUUCAUUGACUUUUAAAGGUAUUGACGAUAAACUGGACUUUAAAAACAAAAGUAAAAGAUAUAAUGACGACAUAGACACGCGCCGGGGUCCUAACAAACAUACCUAUAAUGAUAACGUACAAAACGCCCAAUCGGUUAUUAUUAACAAUUUACCACAAAGGCCAAACAGACCAUACCUAUCCGUGACAGAAAAUAUCGACAAAUAUACGUAUCUUAUAAAUUAUGUUCCCAGGCCAACUCAGUCUUGGCGACAGACGACUAGACGCAACCAUGACAGAGACGUGGUUAAAGUUACUUACCAAACAUAUGACGAUACCUAUCGACGACCUAACAGACCUUACUAUGACAGAGACCAGUUAGACAAUAACUUUGAAUCAAGGAAUAAUGCACGUAUUACUGUUGACACCCAGUCAUCAGCUAGGUCUAAUGACGACUAUAUAACGACAAAACUUACAGAGAGACCAUCGAUUGUGACUGAUAAACUGUUAAAAGCGGACGCAACGACUGAAAACCUAUACAAAUUACUGACUUUUGGUUACGUAGGCUCAUAUAAAGGGGAACAUAUAGACAAGAAUACUAAAAUAGACGUAAAAGAUGACAAAAUAAGUAAAGACUUUACUACCGAUGACAAGAAGGAGGACGUAAUGACCGACGACAGCACAAAUGGUAAAAUUUCUACUUUCUUCCUUUACGAGACGGCGACGAGACCUUUCAAUUCCCAACGCCCUACCAGACAUAAUAACGACGAAGUGACACAAAAUUCUAAAACAAAAUACUACUACGUCGACAAUGUCUUAAAGGAAUACCCUGACAAAGAGAAACCAACAAAGAAAAACGGGUUAGCGCAGCGAGAGCCAAUAGUUGUCAAAGACAAUAUGGAAGAACGAUCAGUGCCUAAUAAAAUCGCAGCAUUUGAUGAUACUAAAUCUGAAAAAACAAGCGACAGAGGGAAAAAACCGGCAAAUUCAGCUAAAACACCGUCCGUGGCGUUUCAAGUCAUACCUAGUGAGAACAGUCCAACUCAAUGGGCGGUUUACGACGAGAACGAAGAUCUCGAUGUUCCAUCACAUUGGAUACCAGCAGUUAAGAUGGAUCCUCUUUCACUCCGGGAGCUGCCAAGACCUAUGGACUUCACUACAAGAAGACAUUUUGGAAGUCGAUAA